AUGGACGCCGUUCGCUCAGUGCUGCAGCCGAUCACCCACAAUCUCCCGGCUCCGCUGGUUGAGACCGGCCGAAGCCUCAUCGGCCCUGUGUGCUACAAAACCCUUGUCGUCGACAUUGAUCCCUUCGCCUCGCCAGAGUGCCUCAAGCUCGCAAUCAGCAAAGGUCUCGGCAUCGGUAUCAUCGCCGCCUCGUCCGUCGUCAAAAUCCCGCAGCUCCUCAAGAUCCUCAACGCGCAGUCCGCUGACGGCAUCUCCUUCCUUGCCUACCUGCUGGAAAGCGGCAGCUACCUGAUCAGCCUCGCCUACAAUGUGCGCCAUGGAUUCCCAUUCAGCACCUACGGAGAGACAGCCUUGAUCCUCGUACAGAACGUGGUCAUUGCUAGUCUCGUGCUGAAGUUUGGAGGGAGGGGCGUGGGCAGUAUCGGCGCAUGGGUGGCAGGCCUUGUCGCCGUAGGCACAGCGCUUGCGAUGCCCGACAUCGUCGACGUGAAGGCUUUAGGGUAUCUUCAGGCUGGUGCCGGUGUGCUCAGCGUGGCGAGCAAGCUGCCGCAGAUCUGGACCGUGUAUCAGCAGGGUGGAACCGGGCAGCUGAGCGCCUUCGCUGUCAUCAAUUACCUCCUCGGCUCUCUGUCCCGCAUUUUCACCACCCUCCAGGAAGUCCCCGACCCGCUCAUCCUUUACAACUUCAUCGCGGGCUUCGUGCUCAACGCCAUCCUCGCCCUGCAGAUGGUAGUCUAUUGGAACAGCCCGACCUCGAAGAAGACCGAGAGCAAGAAGCUCAACAAGGGUUACGUUGCGGCGGGCAAGGGGCCUUCGUCGGACUCGACCGUUAAGGGGUCUCCGAGCUACGCGAAGGCGACUGGAAAGAGCCCUGCGCCUACGACUAGGCGCCGCGGAUAG